UUGGUGUUAGGCCUAUACUCUCAUGCCAGGUGUCUCGACCGCACAUAGGCCAACACAGCCUUCGGCUGCCGUGAUCUAAACCUGCGUUCCACUUCCACAUACAUCAUCACCACGGAUAGUUUGUCUUUGUUUCUCCUAGUGAUUCCUACGUCAAUCGAGAUACCGGUAUUGAAAACAACUGGUGCCAGGAUGAGGAUAGUCAGGGAGUUCCUAGGCUCACGUCCCAGGAUCUACUGACUCUCUCUCUGAGGUUCUCUCUCAAGGGGAAAGAAAUCCACUUUGAUUUCUGGGUGCAUCUCAUGUUGAGAGUUACAGUAGGUCUUCAUAGUGAAUGAUACUGGCCUGCCUCUCUUCCAAAAUCAAGGGUUAUUCUGACACAAGAUGAAUACCCGGGCGCUUCUCAUCAUUGCCAAGACGAAUUGGGAUGGAGCCCACUGCUACCUUAGCUACGAUCCAAUAGGUCACAGAAUCCUCCGACCUGUCACCUUCGAUCCUGGUGAGUCUCUCGCCAAUGCAAGGACAAAGUCACUUCAGUGUGAAACGCCCUUGGAAAUCGGACUUUGGUACAAAUUCGCACUGAAGGAGUCUUUGCUUACCAGCGUCACAGAUGCCGUCACUUUACUGCCGCACAAGAAUGACGAUAGAUUUGUUGAUACAAACAUCGUGAGAGUAGAUCGUCCGGACAUAUCCUGGAUGCCGCAGAAUUUCGAUAUCAUGUAUGAGACCCAGAAUCGUUCGUCGCUUUUUACAAUCCUGCUGACUCUGGCGAAAUCGAGCAUUGAGGAGAUAUUUCACCCGACCAAACUCAUCGAUUGUAAAUACGUCAACAAAGGAACCGACUGUCCGUCUGUUGGUGUCCUUCAAUGCUUCUUAGGGCAACUCGGAGCCUGUCCGGCGGUUUCGAAGGAAAGAAAACCCAAGAUAGAAAUCCAUGACGAAAUAUCUGAUAAGACUUACAGAUUCCCAUUCACUGCUCAGAACGCCGAUGGAUUUGCAAAUUUUAUAAAUUCGAAUAACCGCCCAGAGGAGCCCGUUUUGUUACUGUUCAGUACCGGUAGACCGUGGACGGGUUACAACGCUGAUGAGCCUUAUGAUCCACCUCGUUGUUACGUCUUGUGUGUGGGUCUCGUUAGGAAGUAUCUUCCACGUGCUUUCAAUGCAGGAAGCGCUUCACAACCGCUGAUGCAUGGUGGGUAUUCAGAGGAUCCCGAGUUCCAUCCUGGCUUGUUGCAACCGCUGCAGUAUGGAGGGUUUGCCGAUGACUUCCAAUCUGGGGUUAUGCAGCCUUUGCGGAGUGAAGGGUACCCUGAGGAUUUCCAACCUGAAACGUUGCCACCACUACCGUCGGGAGGUUAUCCUGGGGAAUUUAACCCUGGCGCGUUGCAACCGCGACGAACCAGCGGAUAUCCUGGGGAGUUCAACCCUGGCGUGUUGCAAUCUCUUCCCAGCGGAGGUUUUGAAUAUGAUGUUGAGGAAUUCUAUCCGGAUGUCCAGCCGAAACGUAAACCUACCCUACGUAGGACCUACCCCGGAGAGAUGCCAGGUGAUUUCCAGCCGAGACAUAAACCUACCCUACGUAGGACCUACCCCGGAGAGAUGCCAGGUGAUUUCCAGGCGAAACAUCAACAUGAAGGGUCCAUUCAGUUCAGUGUUCCCACAGAAACACCGGUGGGUAAUGCCUUACAAGAGUUCCGCCGCCAACCCCGAGAACGUACCAAAUCCAUGCACGCACACAAAUUCAGACGUGAAUAUCUGUCGCAUCAUUUUUACUCCGGUAUGUCCAUGCAAGAAAACCGACCAGGGCCUUUUAUGCCGUCGUUUCGACAUCACGAACGUCGGAACUCGAUGCCUGAGCUUCAUCCUUAUCAAAGAAGGAGGGCCGAGUUCCAUCAGCAGCAGUUUCUGCAAGAUCGUGAGAGCGGCCAGUUCACGCAGCCAUUUUAUGACUAUGAUGAUGAAUGUUAGGACUUGCGAAAAUUCUUGCAAAAAUACUUGCGAAAAGUAACAUUCCUGUAAACUUGGGAUAGCUGCCAUUUUUUUCGUUUUUUUGUAUAAUUUCACCUUGGUGUGCUUUUGAUUUAACGACGACCUGUAACAGUCAUUAGAUUUAUAUCUUUUUUACUGCCAGAUAUUUUUGCAUUUAUAAAUAAGGCCAAAACGUGAAAAAAAGGAUGCAAACAUCCCGGAUUUUCACUCUGUUCUACUCAAAGCUGAAUUAAUCGCAUUCAUAAAUAGCGCCCCCAUUCUUGCAAGGACAUACCCGGGCUUCAAUAGAACAACAUGUGAAUUAUUGUACCACCGGCUUUGAUGUAAUGGGUCUGAUAAUCCCAGGGAUUAUGCUGUGGUGAGUAGUCAAUUCAUAUGCGACAUGUCCAUGGAGAGCUAAUUAGUUCUAGGUCCAUUUUAUGAACAGUCAGUACUGCACGCCAACUUGCCAAAAUUGGCAGUGUAAAUUCUUUUGUGCUUUUUUUCAAAUCAUUUGUGCUUAGCCUUGCGCUGUCAAGUUUUGAUUAAGCCAGUGUUUUAGAUACUUCUGAGAGAACAGUGAGGUUUCGCAACCGCCCGGUUAGGCCCUUCGGCGACGUUUAUCUAUUGUUCAGGUAAACUCACACAACAGAUGAACGUCGUCGUAGGGCCUAAACGGGUGGUUGCGAAACCUCACUAAUAUCUUUGUUCGACUGCGUUUUCUGUUUGAAAUGGUCAAAAUAUUUAGCCGGUUGAAGGGCGUCUGUACAAAAGGCCUGUUUCACGUGUAAUAGGCCUAUGUGAAACAGACGCACCGAAACUGACUAAAUACCGUCUACACAGUAUAUGUUUGUUGUGUCCUCGAAUGGACUUAUACAAUGCAUAGGUUAAAGUUUCAUAAAUAUAUAUUUUAGAUCAGAACGUACAAGAUGAAGAGUACAAUUUAUGUUUUGAUACUGGAAUUUUACAGCUCCCAAUAGGAGCCUCAGUGUUUCAUCAAGUUUGAAAAAUGGGUUUAAGUCUUUGCUUCCACUGUACUGUAGUUUCACUGAUAUAAGACCAUUUCUGACAUCUAAUUCAAGCUUCAUGUUCUAUAUGGUCGUUCAAUGGUGUUCAGUAUGUUCAGUUUGAAUAGAUAAUGGGGUCGUCGACUUCCAGUUGUCGUAUGGUUAUGGUAUCAUCUUCUGGCUGGGCCCUUUGUUUCGAUUUCGUUAGUAUCAACUGGUCUUACAUCAGUGAAGCUUGAGUAUAAACGGUUCGAAGUUAUUCAGAAGUAUGUUUCGUUGGCGUAUAGAUUUACUGCUGAAUUUUGAUAAUAAAUACAAUAUAAAUAAUCGUUA